AUGGAUCGAGUGGUGAUCGUCGGCGCUGGUCAGUACAACUUCAAGUCGACAGGAAGCACACAGCUAACUUUCCUCCAGGGCUCUACGGCCUCAUUGCAGCAAAGACCUAUUUGCAAGUCACAGGAGCCUAUGAUGCCGCGAGCAAAACCGACAAUGCGACCGAAACCACCGAUCCUCUACCUACUUUACCAGAAAGAAAGUGGAGCAUAUCCCGGGGUGUUCACUCCUAGUGAUCGACGCGGGUUCAGACAUCGGAGGGACAUGGGGGAGGAGCGUCUCUACCCAAAUCUGCUCAGUCAGAAUUCAUACGGGAUGUACGAGUUCAGCGACCUGCCUCUGUCACAUGUUGUCCCUGAGGAAAUGAGUGGUGUUGGGCAACAGUUUAUUGCGGGCUGGAAGAUCAACCGUUAUCUGCACUUCUGGGCCGAGAAGUGGGACUUGAAAAAGCAUAUUAGAUUGAACUGGAAGGUCGAGAGUAUCCGCCGCCUCGACAGCAAAGAAUGGGAGCUCAAUGUCCAUGUUGGUUCGACUACCACGCGGGAGAUCAGGAUGGUCUGCGACAAAUUAAUCUUAGCAACGGGGCUCACUUCAGUGCCCAAUUUUCCAAAGAUAGGCUCGCCCCUAAGCACAAAGACUUCCACGUCUGUCAUUCACGCCAAAGACGUUGGUGACUGGGCUCGCGUGAACCUUGGAUAUCAGCCUCUUCCAUCAUCUGUGACAUCCGCUCGACCAAGUUCUCUAAACGAGGAACAGGGCCACCUACUAAAAUCAGUAGUCAUAUACGGAGGUGCUAAAUCCUCCUUUGACCUGGUACAUUUCUUCGCGACACUCCAUCGAAAGGAUCCCGCGCUGCACCUUCAAGUAGCACCCAAAGACCCAGUGACCGUGCAUUGGAUCAUCCGAAAAGACGGGGCAGGACCCGCGUGGAUGACACCGCCAACAUCCUCGCUUCUAAAUGGCGAGACUGUUUCAAGUGAUAAAGCGGCUAGUAGCAGACUGCUUCAUUAUCUGGACCCACGCUACUACGAAACUCCUAAGCGUCUCUCGCAACAACAUUCUGCAGAAGGCCCAUCCUGGGGUUUGCGUAUGGAAGGAUCAUGGCUAGUUCGGCUUCUCCAUGGGAAUCCCCUCGGCCGAUGGUGGAUUCGCUGGUUUUGGUGUUCGGUAGAUAAAGCCCUGGAGGAAUAUGCUCAGUAUCAGUCUGAGACCAAAACUCAGUUACUUCGACCGAGUAACAGCGUCAUCUCGUGUGCGUCCAGUAUCGGUAUCACUAAUCAGCCCGACCUAUGGGAGACAAUCAGGUCGCCGCAUGUGAAGGUAUACCGCUCUUCGAUCGAGCAAAUAUCGUCUUGGAGUCCCCAGGAUAAAGACCAGUCUAUCGAGAGUGUGAAAGUAUUGCUCGAUGACAAUGUCUGCCUUGACAAUGUUGAUCUUGUUAUUCAUGCAACCGGAUACAAGCCCAUUGUUCCGAUCAACUUUGACCCACCAAGCUAUCGCCUCGCUUUGGGGUUGUCCGGUCUGGUCGGCACAAGCUCUGAAAAAGAUUGCACGCUUGGCCCAAGCGAGCCAUUCAACGGUGUGAAUAUCCCACUGAACGAGACAACAAAAAAUCAUAUCGAGCACUGGAAGUCUCUCGAUCUCCAAUCAGAGAAAUUGCUGAGAACGACACUCGCAGUGACCGGGUGUACACCAGCAGAACGGGGUACGUCAUCAUGGAUUGGAGAAUCUCAGCUUCUCCCAUACCGUCUCUUCCGUCGCAUGGUAGCCCCAGAGCUAGUCGCAAACGGAGAUCGCUCCUUUGCCACCAUUGGCGUUGUGCUCACAUCCACCAUCGCAGUAGUCGCGGAGGUUCAAGCACUCUGGGUCGCGGCAUUCUUAACCGGCGGGUUUGAUGAAUCCUCCCCUGGCUCCAAAUCAGAGAGCUCCACAGCCAUAUCUCUUCAUUGUAUCCCUCAAAUCGCUAUGGAGAGGGCCAUAUCUGAAGAUGUAGUACUCGGGUCACUAACUGGCUCCGGCCUUGAAGUCGAUGCUAUCCAUUACAAUGAUAUCCUCAUGCGUGAUCUCGGGUUGAACCCACACCGUCUCGGGGGCGGGUUCUUAAGGGAGCUCACGGGUGUGUAUGAACCAUCUGCAUAUGCAGGGAUCGUAGAUGAGUGGAAGAAGAAACGCAGCGUCGUGUAA